AUGAUGGCGAUCUGUACUUAUAACGCACGUACGCUUUCAUCUGAAGCGGCCAUCGAAGAUCUGAUGAUGCAAGCCAAGAAGAUCAAGUACGACGUCAUCGGACUGACCGAGACGAGACGACGUCACCCUCUCAACGCCGUAUAUGAAACUGGGGAAGAACUGUUCUUAGGAACAUGCGACAGUAGAGAAGUUGGUGGAGUUGGCGUCCUCGUCAACACGAGUAUGGCAAAGAACAUCUACUCUUUCGAACAACUUACGACCCGAAUCGGACGUCUGUGGAUGAGAAGAUGUGGUUCAACACCAGCUUUGACUAUCUUCAUCGCUUACGCUCCAACAUCAAGCUACGAUGAAGAAGAAGUCGAAGCUUUCUAUAUGGACCUGGAGAAGUUCUACCGAGAAGAUCAUGGCUUCUACAAGGUCAUAAUUGGCGACUUCAACGCCAGAGUUAGCCCAAGAAGAACGCCGGAAGAACUUCACAUCGGGACCCACGGCCUAUGA